CCAUUAUUCAGCUCCCUCAAAAUGAUGGGACAAGCUCAUCUACUAGUUCUGAAACUAUAGUACCUAUUACUGUAAUGGAUUCAACCACAACAUCUGAUUCAACUACCAUCACUAUGACCACUGCUAGCACUUCAAUAGAACCAACUAGUGCUAUCACGACAACUUCUACCACUUCUACUGAACAUAAAACAAUGGUAGGAGCAAACACUUCAAUGAAACCAAAUACCACAGUGACUCCCAGCAAUUCCACUAAGGGGAAAACCACAAGAGCCUCUAGUACUGCUUCUACUGAACCUACAACCACAGCUACAGUCACCAAUUCACUUGAACUCCCUACCGCAAAGAUUGCCAGCACAGCCAUUGAAGCUACAACUACCAUGGGCACCAUUGUUGCCUCUACAGAACCCACAACCAUCAUAGCCACCAGUACUUUCUCUAUUAAGUCAACAGCUACCACAGCAGCCACCAUAUCAUCUGAACUCACUAACACAAAAACUUCCAGCACUAACACUGAGGUUAGUACAACUGCAGCUGCCAUUACAACAUCUACCAAUCCUACAACUACCAUGGCCACCACCUUAACUUCUGCAGAACCUACAAUCUCCAAGGCUACCUCUAAAACUUUUACUGAAACUACAACUACCGCAGCCAGCACAACUUCUACUAAACCUACAACCACCACAGCCACCACGACUGAACCUAUAUCUACCACAGCUGCCAUCACAUCAUCAGUACCAACUUUCACAACAAUUGCUGGCACGACCCCUGAGUCUGCAACCACCACAGAUACCACUACAGUGUCUUCCAAACUUGCAACACCCAGGGCCACCACUAUCACCUCUAUCAAAACCAUAGUCACCAUGGUCACCACUCCAAACUCUGCUGAACAUACAACCUCCACAGCCUCCAAUACCACCUCAACUGAACUGACAACAACCACUACAGCCACCACUUCAUCUGAACUGACUACCACAAUAACUUCCAGUGCUACCAAUGAGGCUACAAGCACCAAAGAUACCACUGUGAGCUCUACUCAACCUACAACCACCACAGACAUGACUACAACUGCUACCAAACCUACCACCACUACGGCCACCACUGUUGUCUCUAUGGAACCUACAGCUACCCUGGCAGCCACCUCGGCAUCUGAACUGACCACUGCACUACCUGCCAGCACUGCCACUGAGGCUACAACUGCCACAGACACUACUACCCCUUCUACUGAAACUACAAGCACCAUGACCACCACAACUUCUACUGUACCAACAAUUACCACAACCACCACUACAACCUCUACUGAACCUAUAACCACCACAGCCAUUACUACAACUGCUACCAAACCUGCCACCACUACGGCCACCACUGUUGUCUCUACGGAACCUACGGCUACGCCGGCAGCCACGUCGGCAUCUGAACUGACCACUGCAUUACCUGCCAGCACUGCCACUGAGGCUACAACUGCCACAGACACUACUACCCCUUCUACUGAAACUACAAGCACCAUGACCACCACAACUUCUACUGUACCUACAACUACCACAACCACCACUACAACCUCUACUGAACCUAUAACCACCACAGCCAUGACUACAACUGCUACCAAACCUGCCACCACUACGGCCACCACUGCUGUCUCUACGGAACCUACAGCUACCCCGGCAGCCACGUCGGCAUCUGAACUGACCACUGCACUACCUGCCAGCACUGCCACUGAGGCUACAACUGCCACAGACACUACUACCCCUUCUACUGAAAUUACAAACACCAUGACCACCACAACUUCUACUGUAUCUACAGCCACCACAACCACUACUACAACCUCUACUGAACCUAUAACCACCACAGCCAUGACUACAACUGCUACCAAACCUACCACCACUACAGCCACCACUGUUGUCUCUAUGGAACCUACAGCUAAAACCCUGGCAGCCACCUCGGCAUUUGAACUGACCACUGCACUACCUGCCAGCACUGCCACUGAGGCUACAACUGCCACAGACACUACUACCCCUUCUACUGAAACUACAAGCACCAAGACGACCACAACUUCUACUGUACCUACAACCACCACUACAACCUCUACUGAACCUAUAACCACCACAGCCAUGACUACAACUGCUACCAAACCUGCCACCACUACAGCCUCCACUGUUGUCUCUACGGAACCUACAGCUACCCCGGCAGCCACGUCGGCAUCUGAACUGACCACUGCGAUACCUGCCAGCACUGCCACUGAGGCUACAACUGCCACAGACACUACUACCCCUUCUACUGAAACUACAAGCACCAUGACCACCACAACUUCUACUGUAUCUACAGCCACCACAACCACCACUACAACCUCUACUGAACCUAUAACCACCACAGCCAUGACUACAACUGCUACCAAACCUGCCACCACUACGGCCACCACUGCUGUCUCUACGGAACCUACAGCUACCCCGGCAGCCACGUCGGCAUCUGAACUGACCACUGCACUACCUGCCAGUACUGCCACUGAGGCUACAACUGCCACAGACACUACUACCCCUUCUACUGAAACUACAAGCACCAUGACCACCACAACUUCUACUGUAUCUACAGCCACCACAACCACCACUACAACCUCUACUGAACCUAUAACCACCACAGCCAUGACUACAACUGCUACCAAACCUACCACCACUACGGCCACCACUGUUGUCUCUAUGGAACCUACAGCUACCCCGGCAGCCACCUCGGCAUCUGAACUGACCACUGCACUACCUGCCAGCCCUGCCACUGAGGCUACAACUGCCACAGACACUACUACCCCUUCUACUGAAACUACAAGCACCAUGACCACCACAACUUCUACUGUAUCUACAGCCACCACAACCACCACUACAACCUCUACUGAACCUAUAACCACCACAGCCAUGACUACAACUGCUACCAAACCUACCACCACUACGGCCACCACUGUUGUCUCUACGGAACCUACAGCUACCCCGGCAGCCAUGUCGGCAUCUGAACUGACCACUGCACUACCUGCCAGUACUGCCACUAAGGCUACAACUGCCACAGACACUACUACCCCUUCUACUGAAACUACAAGCACCAUGAGCACCACAACUUCUACUGUAUCUACAGCCACCACAACCACCACUACAACCUCUACUGAACCUAUAACCACCACAGCCAUGACUACAACUGCUACCAAACCUACCACCACUACGGCCACCACUGUUGUCUCUAUGGAACCUACAGCUACCCCGGCAGCCACCUCGGCAUCUGAACUGACCACUGUACUACCUGCCAGCCCUGCCACUGAGGCUACAACUGCCACAGACACUACUACCCCUUCUACUGAAACUACAAGCACCAUGACCACCACAACUUCUACUGUAUCUACAACCACCUGA